GACCAAAAACAUGGCUUUGGAUAAUCCUGUCAUGUCCAUCACUACAGCUGACAAAGACAGCCUUGAGGGUGGUGAGGAAACUGAUGACUUUGCUGAUGUUGAUUACACACGGAACUACUGGGAGGAUGAGGAUGAUGUCUACCAGGAGUUUGAGGAGUUGGACUUUGAGUCCUUGCCGGACCGCUCGGACACCAGGAGCAUCCUCUCGGACGAUUCUUUCUACCCCCCAGACAGCCCAGAUGUCCCCGUUAUGUACCGCCCACCGAGCCCUGAAAGCCCUGAGCCCAUUUCCUUCUUUAAGGCCUGCUGCAACAACAACGCUAUCAUUGUUAAGAUCAUGAUCAGACAAGGAGUGACGGAGGAGGAAGUGAGAGAGACGGACAGGAACAGAAGAUCUGGCCUGAUUGUGGCGUGCUAUCAUGGCUACGUGGACGUGGUCAUCGCCCUCUCACAGUGUCCUUAUCUUGACGUGAACUGGCAGGACAACGAGGGAAACACCGCUCUUAUAACAGCAGCACAAGCAGGUCACAUAUUCAUCUCCAACUAUCUGCUCAACUACUUCCCUGGGCUGGACAUCGAGAGGAGAAACUGCCACGGCUUCACAGCUUUGAUGAAGGCUGCCAUGCAGGGCCGCGCUGAGUGUGUCAGGGCUCUCAUGUUGAAUGGAGGAGAUAUUCAGGCUCGGGACAACGGCCGCAAGAUGACACCGAGGGAGUGGGCUCUCUUCACCGGUCGAUACGAGACAGCAAACAUGAUGCAUCGUCUGAUGGCGAAGCCGUGUGCCGAGCAGUUCUGUGACUCCUUCUCCCUGGAGUGGCCCAUGCUUGAGGAGCUGGUGGCCAAAGCUCAAGAACCGCAGCCCUGCUGGAGGCGUUUGCUGAAAUUCGUGUCCUGCUGCUCGUACCGAUUCUACAUCAACAACAAGGUGAACGCCGUGGACGAUGGCGUUUUUGACCACAUGGUCCGGAUCACGACCUGUCUCUCUAGUCCUGUCAUCGCCACAGCUUGCCGAACCGUGUCUCCUGGCAGUCCACCAUGUCUCGGGAAGCGCCGGUACGCCGUACAAGAGAUACUGAGGAGGCAGCGAGUAGCUGAGCUGAAGCGCCUGGGCCCGGACAGACUGAACAACUAUAAGAGAUUUUUCCAGAACUCACGGGUCCUCCUCAUCCCCAAAGUGAAGGAUCGGAGGGCCAGCCUCCAGCCGCAGCUGCUGGGUGAGGUGGCGGUGGCGUCCUUCAGACGAGCGAGUCUGCUGCCUCUGAACAUGCUGAGGAGAAGCAGCGUGCGGCCGGGCAUUGUGGUGCCCAAAGUGAGGCUCUGUAAAGCUCCGGCGCCGAACUAUGUACCCGACAAACUCAGACGCAACAGUAACCGCAACCAGCUGCAGAUCCCCAAGUGGAACUACAAGAUGAAGAAGAUCGAGAGGAGGCAAGAGGAGGACAGGCAGAGACUGUUACCGCUGACACGAAGGAGAUGA